AUGGAUGACGACAUUGGCGAUCUCCCCGACCUCGAUAGAGGUAUCGGAAAGCGGAGAGCUGCGACAACCAGUAAUGCUAGCGUCGCAUCUUUCGGCUCGUCUUUAAGUCGAAGAUUCAGCUUUCGAUCGUUUUCUAGUCGCAAAUCUACGAUCAAAGUCGAGAAGCCAAGAAACGAGUUUGGCUUGAACACUGUGUACGAACCGGAUGACAUCACGCCAGUCAUCGCCGACUUUGUUUUCGUUCAUGGUCUCGGCGGUGGCUCUAGUACGACAUGGUGUCUAAAGCAAGACGCUGACUACUUUUGGCCAAAAGAGUGGUUGCCCAAAGACCCAGAUUUUAGGGGAGUCCGCAUUCAUAGCUUUGGGUACAACGCGAACUGGGCCACCUGGCUGAAGAGUCCAGUCGAUAUCCAUGCUUUUGGUCAGUCUUUAGUCGAAGAGCUUAGGAGCGAUCCAAAGAUCCACAAUCUGGAUAGUCGUAUAGUGCUUAUAGGGCAUAGUAUGGGCGGUCUAGUUAUCAAGAAGGCGUGCGUCUUAUCUAAAACCAACCCGGAUUACAUCGAUAUCGCCAACCGAUUACAUUCGUUGUAUUUCUUGGGUACUCCCCACCGAGGCUCGAAUCUCGCUGGUGUUUUGAACAAUUUCCUUCGCUUAUCUGGGAGUGGCCGAAGAGCGUAUGUAUCCGGCUUGGAGGCCAAGUCAGAGAGCAUCCGUAUCCUGAGCGACUCUUUUCGUAUUCACUAUGCGGGCAUACAUCUGCACACAUUCUACGAGUCUCAGCCAACACCCCCUGUCGGAAUGAUCGUCGAUCAAGAAUCUGCUACCUUAGGAUACGCUGAGGAGCGCAUUCAGUUAUUGAAUGCAAAUCAUCGUGAUCUUGCGAAAUUUGAGACUACCGCAGACUCAAAUUACAGAUCUCUAAGGAACCGUCUGGCAUCAACAGUCGACCAGAUAAAGCUGGAAAUGCGAAAACAAGUAACACCAUCGAGUUUUACAAGUCCGGCAAUUGUUACCAAGACUCCAGAUGCGCCGUUACCGCUAUCAUUGCCAGCGCUGUAUCAAAGCAGGGCGAACGAGAUGGAACAGAUCGCCAUGUACCUCUCCGUCGAUACUUCGGCCGACGAAAGGCUGUCAACCCUCAAUGACACAAGACUGAAUGGAUCAUGUUCCUGGCUGACCAACAAAACCAGUUUUCGGGAAUGGCGGUCGUCUCCAGCACCUCGCUAUUUCUGGCUGAAGGGGACACCGGCGUCAGGAAAGUCAAUGCUGGCAAGCUAUAUGAUUGAAUUUCUACAAGACAGCCCUGUAUGUCACUACUUCUUCAAGAAGGGUGACAAGACCGACAACAAUUUGAGCAGCUUUCUUCGGUCCAUGGCGCUACAGAUGGCUCAGGUCAACCCUGACAUCCGUAGCGCAAUCUUCCAGCUCUCACAGAAAGGUCCACCAAUCGAUAUUCGCAACCAGAAAACCAUCUGGAACACCAUUUUCACGAGUUGUGUGUUCCACGUUACAUUUUCAAAACCACAUUACUGGGUCGUUGAUGCUUUAGACGAGGCAGCCGACAGAGGCCCGUUGAACGACUAUUUCAGUCUUCUUUCCAGGAUCGACGAGAAUAUCCCCUUAAAGGUCUUCGUCACCAGUCGACCAGAUCCUGCGUUGGACGAUCUAUUCUUGCAGCUUCCUCUAGUGCAAGAUUUCAUAUCACCAGACGACUUGUUGGCCGACAUCUCAUCGUACGUUCAAAAAUGGUCCACCAACUUUCCCGUCAAUACACCUCAAGAAAGAGAAAUUCUGGUUGAUAAGAUUGUUCGCAUGUCUGGCGGUAGCUUCCUGUGGACUGUUCUAGUCACCAAACAGCUUCGGGAAGUUUUCACUGUCGAAGAAGUGCACGAGGUCCUAUGCGAGAUACCCCAAGAAAUGGACGAUCUAUACACGCACAACAUUCGGAAAAUGGAGUCGCUGAGGUCAAAGAGCGCAGCAAAACAUACAAUCACGUGGGCGAUUUGCGCUGUCCAUCCCUUGACCGUGAGCCAGAUGAAGGAUGCUAUCAGACUGACGCUGGGUAGUCCGAUAGCACGCGAUCUUCGAACCAGUCUCCAAUAUCUUUGUGGACAAUUUCUCGACAUCGAUAUGCAGUCGCGGAUACAGCUAGUUCACGAAACAGCUCGCACCUUUCUCACCAAUCCAAAUCUAGACUCAGAAUUUCGAAUCGACUAUGCCGAAGGAAACAGUCUUAUUGCAAUGGCGUGCCUCAAUCAUCUGAUGAGCGAUGAGUUGAGGUACUCAAAGAGACGGCGUAGCUCCACUGCAAGCGGGCACAGCAAGACCUCUAUGACGGACUACGUAUGUUUACGAUUCAGCGAGCACAUUCUUAGAGCGUCCUCGCAAUCCAACGAACUGUUCAAUACGUUGGAUAAGUUCUUCAAGACCAACGUGCUUUCCUGGAUCGAGCACGUGGCCCAUCUCAAAGAUUUGGAUUGUCUCAAUCGUACUUCGAGACACCUAUCGAACUACCUCAACCGUAGGAUGAAGCAUGUUCCGUUAUUGCAAAGCGACUUACAUGCCUGGGCUAUCGAUCUGCCUAGGCUGGUAACACAGUUCGGCGUCAAUCUCCUGAGUGAUCCCGCUGCUAUCCACACACUCGUCCCGCCUCUGUGUCCUCGAGACUCUGCUGUAUACCGGCACUUUGGAUAUGCUGAGGAUGGUAUCAAGCUGGUAGGCGCAUGGAAUGCAGGCUGGGGAGACAGGAUAUGCUCCAUCUCUUAUCAUGACACCUAUGCGACAGUGGCUGCUUCUCGAGAUGAACGAUUCGCUCUUGGGUUGGCUGACGGCUUGGUCAAUGUCUAUCGAACCUCGACGUGCGAACACCUCUUGACUAUGAGGCAUGAAGAAUCAGUAUCGGUUCUUGAGUUCGGUUCCACAUCCAAAUUUAUCGCCUCAGCUGGAUUGCGGUUUCUGAGACUAUGGGAUGCGGCGACUGGGGCGCAACUAUUUCAUAUCGCUACCGAUUCGCAAGCCCUAGCUUUGACUUUUGACGAGACUGAAACGUCAGUUACAAUAGCGACCAGAGACAAGCAUGUUCUGACCUACAGGAUUGCCGAUGGCUCGCCGCUGCUCCAUGUUCCCUGGAUCGACGCUUUCGCUGAAGAUACAGACUCAGGUUUUGCGCCAUCUCCAUCUGCGGCCAGACUAUCUAUUGAACAACAAACACUUGCGAUAGUCUAUCGAAGCAAGCCGGUACAGCUGUGGUCUCUGGACAAGCAGCACCGUAUUGGGGCUUGCUUGAGGCCGGCGACGCACAAGAACGACAAGGGAGGCCAUGCCGUGAAUUGUCUAGUCUUUAAUACCAGCUCUGCAAACCCACGACUUUUGGUGUCAUACUGGGACGAUAUCCUGGUCAAGUUCGAUAGUAUGACUUGCAAGCCGCUUCUCUCAACUGCGACAUGCGUCACGAAGAUGGCCAUCUCUUGCAACGAAAAGACCUUUGCUGGAAGCGACGGCAAUGGCGGGAUCAAGAUUUUCGAUUUCGAGACGCUCCAACCUCUCCACAACAUACAUAUACAAGGAGAUCCGGUAUCGUCGCUUGCCUUCACUAGCGACAGCCUGCGCAUCGUGGAUUCGCGGGGUACGCAAGCCAAUGUCUGGGAGCCACUCGUCCUCUUCGGGCAAGACACUGAAGCUCUCUCCAGCGAGCCUAGCGAAUCUGUGCACCAAAUAGUAGACGACAUUGUUGAAUCUGUUGUCAACGAGUCUGCUAUCAUAACCACCCUGCACUGUUGCGAUCAAAGUGGUAUGGCUUUCUGCGGGCGCAACGACGGACGUGUCGAUACCUGCAACCUCGACGACCCCGAGAACACUAUGCGCAACCUAUACAAGCAUGGUGGGUCCUUCAUUAGUAUUACAUGCAUGGACUGGAGUCCUAGAGCGCGUGUGAUAGCGAGUGCAGACUCUGCAGGAAAGUUUUGUAUCAUGAAAAUCACGACUGGCACACGGAGAGAAUGGAGCGCUGAGAUGAUGGUCCAGUCGAGGUUAGGCCAAGGCUGUAUUAUACGACAGAUCCUCGUCCACCCUGAGGGUUCGUUCGUACUUGUUUCCUCAUCAGAGGCGGACUCUAUAUGGUCAUUAUCAACCAAGGAGCAAGUAGCGUCACUUGACAGGCGAGAACGCAUAGCUUGGAAAUGGUUUGUUCGACCAUCUGCUCCGUCGCAACUGCUUCUUUUUGAGGACAAGAUCUUGCGGCUUUUCAGAUGGGAGGACCUUCACCAGAUCGCUGCCUCUGAGAACCCCGUGGUGCCGAUCGAGAUCGAGAGGCGCAUGUCUGGGGAACAAGCCGACGCGGAUGCCAUUUCUGUCUCAAGCGAAGGCGAUGACCUGGUCAUUCUGCAGCGAUCGCAAACCGUGCAGCACAGUGUACCGGGCCUGCGACCUCAGUCUAAUGACGCUAUGAUGACCAAGAUACGCGUCUUUGAUCUGACUACUCUGGAUCCCGAGUCUACUGAUAUCGGAGGCUCGUCGUCGCCUGAUAUGUCAAUUGACAACGCGACACAGUCUCUUAUCUUCUUGAACCCCAAGCCAUCUUCAACCCUGGGUAUUCCUCUAUCGCCAACGGCUACGCCCAAUGUCCCAUUCUCUUAUCCUUUCGGAGGCGGUCGUAGCAAGUCCUAUACUCGCUGGUCUUCCAUUAGAGAUGUCGCUGAUAUACCCGAUGUGGAGAGAAUCAUUGGUACGGUGAAAAAGUUCGAUUGGUGGCAUCUUAUUUUCCUUUCCAAGAUGGGGUGGGUCUGCUCGGUUCAGAUCGGGGAAGGCGGUCGCAAAGUCCUCGACCAAUUCCAGAAGCACUUCUUUGUUCCAUCGGUUUGGCGCACAGGCAACUCGCCUCUUAUCGCCAAGGUACGGCGGAGCCACGAUAUCGUGAUUGUACACCAAGAUGGCGUUAUUGUGGUCAAGAAUGGGUUAGACAACGGGGAGCAUGUGUCCUUCUCUUUGAGUACGCUAUGA